AUGUCCAAUGAAUUCUAUAACCUCAACAUUCAGUGUGUAAGCCCGAAUGUUGUACCAGAGGGCCCUAAUGCGCAGCCCGGCCACCAAAGCUGCGCGAUCCAGGGAAGCAGUCCGGACCAGCUAGUAGUCCCAGGCUCGAGUUACAUCAAGACUGCUUUCACAUACACUCGGACUCAUMUAUGGCGAAACCUUGGCAUCAUCAUCGGGUUUUUUAUUUUCUUCGUCGCCUUGACGAUGUUGGGUACGGAGUUGCAGCAACCCAACAAGGGCGGCAGCUCAGUUACGACUUUUAUGAGGAAUCAAGCGCCAAAGGUUGUUGAGGAAGCAGUGAAAAACAAAGAACUGCCUGAGGAUGUGGAAUCGGGACAGAAAGAGAAUGCUGCCAAUGCUGAUCCCGAGAAAACCCAAUCGGGAGAGCCUGGGACUGAACCCAAGGAUAUCGCUCACAGCACGUCUAUCUUCACUUGGCAAGAUGUCAACUACACCAUCCCUUACAAGGGCGGGCAAAGAAAGCUUCUGCAGGACGUACACGGAUACGUUAAACCCGGCCGCCUUACUGCCAUGAUGGGAGCUUCUGGAGCAGGGAAAACUACUCUACUGAAUGCUCUGGCCCAGCGGGUCAAUUUUGGUGUCGUUACUGGCACCUUUUUAGUAGAUGGAAAGCCACUUCCUAAGAGUUUCCAGAGAGCCACUGGUUUUGCUGAACAGAUGGAUAUCCAUGAGCCUACCGCAACUGUUAGGGAGUCUCUCCGCUUCUCUGCGCUUCUGCGGCAGCCUAAAGAGGUGCCUAUUGAGGAGAAGUAUGACUAUUGUGAGAAGAUUAUUGACCUACUUGAGAUGCGCCCAAUUGCCGGUGCAACUGUGGGCUCUGGAGGGACGGGCCUGAACCCCGAACAACGCAAGCGGCUCACCAUUGCAGUGGAGCUGGCAAGUAAGCCUGAACUUCUCCUUUUCCUUGAUGAGCCUACAAGUGGCCUUGAUUCGCUUGCCGCGUUCAACAUUGUGCGGUUCCUUCGACGGCUUGCGGACGCUGGGCAAGCGAUUCUGUGCACGAUUCACCAGCCGUCUGCGGUCCUAUUCGAAGAGUUUGAUGACCUCCUGCUGUUGCAAAGUGGAGGUAGGGUUGUGUACAACGGAGAACUGGGACAGGAUUCAAAGUAUCUCAUCGAGUAUUUUGAGUCGAACGGUGCUAAGAAGUGUCCGCCUCAUGCGAAUCCUGCCGAAUAUAUGCUCGAGGUCAUCGGGGCCGGCAAUCCGGACUAUAAGGGGAAGGACUGGGGAGACGUCUGGGCCCAGUCUCUUCAAUGCAAAGAGCUGGCCGAAGACAUUGACAACGUCAUCAACUCCCGCCGCAAUCGCGAAAUCAGACAGGAUAAAGACGACGACCGGGAAUACGCAAUGCCCAUCUGGACGCAGAUAGUAUCUGUCACCAAGCGGGCGUUCGUCGCCUACUGGAGGUCUCCAGAGUAUACUCUUGGCAAAUUCCUUCUCCAUAUCUUCACCGGACUCUUCAACACGUUUACCUUCUGGCAUCUAGGAAGUAGCUACAUCGACAUGCAAUCGCGGCUCUUCUCGAUCUUCAUGACUCUUACCAUCUCGCCACCCCUGAUCCAGCAGCUUCAGCCCAGAUUCCUGCACUUCCGGAACCUCUACGUAUCACGCGAGGCCAACUCGAAGAUCUAUUCAUGGACCGCGAUGGUCACCAGCGCCAUCCUCCCGGAGCUCCCCUACUCCAUCGUCGCAGGAACCAUCUACUUCAACUGCUGGUACUGGGGCAUUUGGUUCCCCCGCGACUCCUUCAGCUCCAGCUACACCUGGAUGCUGCUCAUGGUCUUCGAGCUCUACUACGUCAGCUUCGGCCAGUUCAUCGCCGCCUUCUCCCCCAACGAGCUCUUCGCCUCGCUCGUCGUCCCCACCUUCUUCACCUUCAUCGUCGCCUUCUGCGGCGUUGUUGUCCCCUACGUCGCCCUCCCCACCUUCUGGCGAUCCUGGAUGUACUGGCUCACCCCCUUCCACUACCUGAUAGAGGGCUUCCUCGGCGUCCUCACCCAUGAUAUCCCCGUCCAAUGCCUCAGCAGGGAGAUGACCCAGUUCUCGCCUCCACCAGGCGAAACCUGCCAGAGCUACGCCGGCGCCUUUGCGAAUCAGGCAGGCGGGUACGUCCAAGACGCUGCGGGCGGCCUAUGCUCAUAUUGCCCGUAUUCCGUCGGGGAUGUAUUUGCGGCGGGCUUCAACGUCUUCUACUCGCACAAGUGGCGCGACUACGGGAUCUUCUGGGCUUUCACCAUGUUUAAUUUCGUGGCUGUCUACUUCUUCUCCUGGCUUUAUCUUCAUGGCGUGGGGGAUUUGAAGCGGUGGAUUAGUGCGCGGAAGGCGAAGAAGGGUGUACAGUGA